AUGAAAGUCGCCUCCUGGAUCCCUCUCAUCAUCGCAUCGAUCGCAUUCAGCAUUCAAGGUCUCCCCUCAGCGUACAAAUCAAGUCUCCUUGAGGUUCCGGAUGAAGCGCAAGAUAUCAUGUCAUGGGCCCGUACAGACCCCAUGCUAGAGCCAGUUGAAAGGAAAGGCAACGUUGGUGGAGCAGUGGAUGCAGUGGAGCCUACCGAUUCGAAGCAACAUCUAUAUCCCUGCCGAAUCCUUAGCAAGCGGGCAUCAAAGUAUCCAUCAAGCGAAGCGAUAUUGAGGCAGUGCCUUGAGAAUCGUGCAAAAAGCAGCAUGCGAGUCCGAAUUGACGCCCAAAAGGAAGCACAACGAACGAAAAAUUAUGGGAAGUGGUUUUUUCUGUACCGAAUUGGCUACGACAUCAAGGAUGAUUUGGCUCUUCAGUGGCGAAGGGUAGUGCGCUGGUUAAGGAUGCAUUGGCGGGCUUGGAAGCGGAAAAUUUCAGGCAUGAGGAGAGCUGAGAAUUUGCCAAAGCAGAAGAUGUCAGCAAUCAUCCUUUUAGGCGCUGUUUCAAGAUUGAUUGGAAUUGAAUGCGGGUUCAGACAAAAGGAUAUACUGGCAAGUAUGAAAUACCAAGACAUGAAGGUGUCAAGGUUCUCUUCGCAAGGUCUCACCAUGAUCGAUAAGAUGGGGAAAGAGGAUUAA